AUGAGUUCAACUCAAUUAAAACUCAAUGAACUUUGGAGCCGUCCUGAACCACCAUCAAAACUUGGUUCAUUUUCAAAUACAACUGAAAUCAAGACAUCCAUCGGAAAUCCGAAUGUUAAAUUAUCUGCAUUUCCAAUGCCUACUGCUCGUUGGCGACCAAAUCAACGUCCAUUUGUUCUUCCACCGCAGGCAACAAAUUCAAAUGGUACUUCAUCAAUGAGAACAAUUCAAAUCAUUGAUCCUAUUAUCACACCAACUCCAACAAUCAGUAGUUUAAAACAUAUUCAAUCAGCACAAAAUUUAUUCAGUAUUGGAAAACGUAUGCCUGAAGUGGAAGUGGCUUUGAAACAACUUAUUGCUAAUAUGGAAAAAUGUCCACGACCAGAACAAGAAUCACCACAACCACUAUCUCUUCGUAAUGUUACAUUACAUGGUUAUCAACGACAUGCACUUGCUUGGAUGGAAUGGCGUGAAAGUAAUCCACCAUUUGGUGGUAAACUUGGUAAAACUGUAACUACAAUUGCUUUUCUUCAACUUCGAAUGAAUUCAAUAAAACAAGAAUCUUUCGAACAAAUAUUCAAUUCUACAAAAAUUCAAGCUAUUCCAACAACACUUGUUAUAUGUCCAGCUACACUUAUGAGUCAUUGGGAAAGUGAAAUAACUAAAUAUAGUCGUAUGCGAUGUUUUAUAUAUCAUGGUUCAUCACGUAAAAAAGAUAUUCCAACUGGUGGCGCAAUUCGUGCUUUUGGACAAUAUUGUAUUGUACUUACGUCUUAUGAAUUAGUACGAGCUGAAUAUACAUCGGGUGAAAUUAAAAAUCCAUUAUUUGCUGUAAAAUGGCAACGAAUUGUUCUUGAUGAAGCACAUCGAAUACGUUCACAUAAAUCACAAACAGCUCAAGCGUGUUCAUCACUUGAUACAAUUUAUCGUUGGGGAUUAACUGGAACACCAAUACAUAAUAAAGCUGAUGAUUUUUAUUCACUUCUUCAUUUUCUUCAUUAUUCACCAUUUGAUAUAUAUUCAACAUGGAAAUUAUUUUCAUCAAAUCAAUAUAAAUCUAUUGAACGUAUGAAAACAAUUGUACGUUCAUUAAUACUUCGACGAACAAAAACUGAUUAUGAUUUAAAUGGUAAAUUACUUGUACCAUUACCAUCUAAACAAAUAGAAAAUCUUUGGUUAACAUUAACUGAUGAAGAAAUAAAACAUUAUCAACGUAUUAAAACUGAAAUGACUGAUGCUUAUAAAUUAUUCAUUCGUAAUCGACGUGAAAAAAAGAAAACAAAUACAGUUGUUCUUUUUACAUUAAUGCUUAAAUUACGUCAAGCAUGUAAUCAUUUAUCAUUAGUCAAAGAUUUAUCAACAGAUGAAGUAUUUGAUGAUAAAGAUGAUGUUGCAUUAGAAUUGUCAAUGUUCAAAUUAGAUUUAAGUGAUACAUUAAAUGAUAAAAAUAUUCAAUCGUUAACAAAAGAUACUGAACUUCAAUAUGAUCUUACAUUUUUAAGUACAAAACUUAAUUGUCUUUUAAACAAACUUAAUUUAAUUGUUAAUCAACAAGGAGAAAAAUGUAAGAAUUAA